AACAUAUUGUCAACGAUAUUAAGGAGUAUCUUAAAAAUAAUAAAACCGAUUUAAUAAACUAUGCAUGGACAAUUGGUACAAUGGUCAAUAGUUUUCGGCAAACUAAUAAUUUAAAACAAAUGGAAAUUUCAGCAAUCACAAAUUUGGAUCAACAACAACAACAACAACAAAUAAAUCCCCUUGAUAAUCUAAUUGAUUAUCUAGAAAGUCAAUUUCAGGAAUGUGAAAAUUUGGUUAAACAACUACUAGAUCAAUGUAGGGGCGGCAAUAGUAGCCAGACGGUUAUACCUCGGGCUGAAUGUAUGGACGACAAUAGUCAAUGUUUCAAUGGUAUCAACGAGUCGAUGGCCAAUAUGGCCAAUACAGUCAUGGGCUUAACCCUGGCCUCCAAUGCCCUGUUCCUGUAUUUUGAAUUUGUCCGCCUGGAUGAAUUCAAAUCGAUAAUUGUCCAAGCACAAAAUAUAACCCGGGAAGCUGUACAACAUAAACUAAAUAUUGUACAAUUGUUGACUGAUGUCCAACCAAAAUUAGAUCAGCUAGAUCAAUUGUUUUUAAAAUUACGUACAGGUGCUACUGGUAAUAGUGGCAAUGCUAGUACAAGUGUAAAAUCAUUAAUGACCAUGACACAAUUGAUGGGCAUAAUUAAUCAAGUACAAUCGGAUUUCAAUCAAAUAGAAUUAAGCAUAACAAAAUUGGAGUUUACAAUAGGCGAUACUAAAACCAAAUUGAAAAAUUCACAUCAAUUGAAUAACAGUCACAUUGCUAUCUACAGUAUGAAUACAGUGUCGACCAUCAAAAAUCUGGUCACUUUCGGCCGGUUUAGCACAAACAGUCCGUUGUUGUUGGCGGCCAACAUUGCCGUCACUGUCGGUAUGGGUCUGGCACUGGCCGUUUCGACCAAAAUGGCCAUUUUAUCCAAAGAGGAAAUCGGUAAAUUGGAUCAUAUACUGGAUGAAGUGGUACAGUAUAAGCAAAUUUUUGGGUCACUUAAGGAUCGUUUUGAUAAAAUUAAUGAUAGAAUUCAACAAUUUAUUGAAAAUCAGUAAUAGUAUCAAUAAAAAUGAUUUUGUGAUUUAAUUUGGUUAACUUGUGUGUGUGUGU